AUGGCAAAAGGUGGUUUUGAUCUUAGAGAAUGGGAAUGGUCUGGCGACUGUGAAACUAAUUCAAAGGAAGAAACUCGGGUAUUAGGUCUUAUUUGGAAUAAGAAAUUAGACACUUUGAAAAUUAACAUGAAAUGGCUGGAUAGCAUUAAUGUGGAAAAAGUAACUAAAAGGGGUAUGUUAUCUACAGUACAUAAAGUAUUUGAUCCUUUUGGAUUCACUGCACCAGUGAUGCUUUGUCCGAAAAUAAUGCUACAAAAGGCAUGGAAAUUAGGUACAAGUUGGGAUGAAGGAAUAACUGGUGAGCUUUGUAAAGAAUUUCUACAGUGGUUUCAAGAACUUAAGCAUUUGUCUGACAUACAGAUUCCUAGGUGUGUUCAAGCAUCUUCAAAAGAUAUAAGUAACUGCACUAUUCAUACGUUUGUUGAUGGAAGCAAAGAUGCAUAUGCUGCUGUUACAUUCCUUAGAAUAGAAAAUAAUGGUCGAAUCGAGCUAUUUCUACUUGCAGCGAAAUCUCGAGUGGCUCCUUUAAGAGGCACAACUAUCCCAAGAAUGGAACUUCUUGCGGCGGUGAUUGGAGCGAGGCUAGCGUAUUCAGUUGCUGAAGCUCUUGGUUGGAAAAAUGUUACGAUAUAUUACUGGAGUGAUUCUACAACAGUGCUUGCAUGGAUAUUACGGAAAGAAAAUUGGUCUGUCUUCGUUAGGAAUAGAGUUCAAGAGAUAAGGAAGUUGAGUAAUCCUACAUCAUGGAGACACAUACCUGGUGAUACGAAUCCUGCAGAUUUACCUUCCAGAGGUUGCAAGGCAAAACAUCUAGUCUCCCUAAGAUGGUGGGAGGGUCCACAAUGGAUGAAAAAUGCUUUUGAAUUUCAAAACAUUAUGGGUUCCUCCAACCAUGAUUGGAAUGAAGGAGAGAUUAGAAAGGAAAAGUCUAAGACGACUUAUAUAUUAUCAAAUAAUGAAGCCUGUGGUGUUGCAAACUGGUACUACAGAUAUUUUUCGAACUAUGAUAGAAUAGUUCGUCUUGUUGCAUGGAUCCUCCGCUUCAAGAACAACUUCAAAAAUAUAACUGAGAAGAAGCAUGGCGAAUUAACAGCUACAGAAUUUCAGGAAGCAGAAAUGAAGCAUGAAGUGGUAAAGCGGUUAAUCUAUAAUGCUCACGUUAAGAACUGUCAUGCUGGAGUCCAGAUACUAUUGAAUGCACUUAUAGAAAAGUACUGGAUCCUAAAUGGAAGAAAAGCGGUGAAACAUGUGGUGGUCAAUUGCAUUACGUGUAAAAGAUAUAGCUUAAAGAACAUAGAAGUUAUAAGUCCCCCCCUUCCAGAAAAUAGAGUAAAGGAUGCUACGGUGUUUCAGAUAACCGGCGUUGAUAUGGCUGGACCUUUAUUCCUUAAAGAAGACAAGAAGAGCAGGGUUCUAAUUUUUACUUGUGCAGUGUACAGAGCAGUUCAUUUCGAGCUUGUUACUGCUGCAUCGACCGAUGUUUUUUUAAUGGCCUUUAGGAGAUUUGUUUCUCGCAGAGGAAGAUGCGCAACAAUAUACUGCGAUAAUGGCUCCAAUUUUGUUGGAGCAGCCAACUAUUUAAAACAACUGGAUUGGAACCGUAUCCAAAAAUAUGGAGCAAUAAACUCUAUUGACUGUAAGUUUAAUCCUCCAACUGCUGCCUGGUGGGGCGGGUGGUGGGAGUGA